UUUUUUCAUUUCUUUUAUCCAGCAAAUUCCAGUAACAGCAAUGGAACUUCAAUUAAACGAGCCAAAACAACAUUCAUUCCUGUGGAUAUGUUACCUGAGAUUGAUGGAUUCAUAGUAAGGUGGGAUUAUGAAGAUUCUGGCAAAUGGUUGCCUCAUUCCGACAGUAUUUCUGAACAGUUGACUGACCGCUACAAUGGUGGCGACACUGAAGUUGAAAUCACAGAUAACUCAGGACGAAAGCUGCUGAUAUCGUUAGACCACCUCACUCAGAAGACGGCAAACAAACCAGUCCGUGAGGGACGGAUUCGCUGUUGUUUCCAGGAUGACAAAAAUAAAGAAUACUACUCGUGGCAGUGGCAGGCUAAAAAUGGAACAUGGCAAACGUACUGUAUACCAUCCAGUCUGGCAUUGGAGAAGGCUUUCAGGAAGUCGGUGCCAACAGUAGACAUUGUAACAAGUAAUCAAUCAUUCCUAAUUGACCUUCAGACGCUGAAGCAGUCAAACGAAGUGGACAAUGUCAUCUCGUCAGUGCAAAGAAUUAAAAGUGGAGAUUCAUCGUCAACUUCAGACGACACAGUAGACACCUCUUGUAAUAGCAGUACUAGUAGUAGCAGCACCACCAGCAAUCGGAAUGGUCGUAAGACGAAUGCAACACAGUCGCAGGCGACGACGACGAAUCGGAAGAAAAGUGGUAAGCCAUGCGCUCAGUCUGCUGACAAAGUGAAGAAGGAAUGUCCUGAAGAGAAUGGUCACAGCAAUGAAGACAAGAAGAAAAUCAAGACAGUGGUAGUCAGAGGAAUGGCGCCAGUAGACGAUGAGUGUUCUUUAUUGGGUCGUGUCCAUGUUUAUACCCAAGGAAAUGAUGUCUGGGACUGCAUGCUUAACCAGACCAAUGCACUCAACAACAACAACAAGUUCUAUUUGAUUCAACUUUUGCAACAAGACAACAGUCAUCACUACUACGUGUGGCUGCGAUGGGGCCGUGUUGGAUACAAGGGCCAGACCAAUCUUAUAGACUGUGCCUUAGACUUAAACUAUGCCAUCGAUGUCUUCACCAAAAAAUUUCAAGAUAAGACAAAAAACGAUUGGAGUGAACGACACAAAUUUAAAAAAGUCUCAGGAAAAUAUGAUCUGAUUCAGAUGGAUUACAGCACUCAGGGAAAAGAUGAUGUUGAUGGGAAUAAGACGAAGAAAGAAAGUGUCAGCAAAAUUCCUGACUCCAAACUUGAACCCUCUCUGCAAAAAUUGAUAAAGUUAAUAUCUGACAUUGAUUCGAUGAAAGAAACAGUCAUUGAAAUGAAAUACGAUGCACAGAAAGCUCCACUGGGUCGUUUAACGGUGAAACAGAUCCAAGCUGGUUACCAAGCUUUGAAAAAAAUUGCUGCCUGUAUAGAAAAGAAGAACUUCGGUGCUAGCUUGUCUUCAGCGUGCGAUGAGUUUUACACAAGAAUUCCACACACUUUUGGCAUGAGAAAACCCCCUGUAAUCCGUGAUGAGCAGACAGUGAAAGAAAAGAUCCAGUUACUCGAGGCCUUAGGAGAUAUAGAGAUUGCCAUCAAUAUCCUGAAACAAGGGGACAUGUCAGAAAACCCCAUCGACAAGACUUACAAAUCUCUGGAAUGCGAGCUCUUACCCAUCUCUUCAGAUCAUCCGGAUUUCAAGCUUGUGAGCAACUACCUCCAAAACACUCAUGCUGUCACCCACAACAGUUAUCGAAUGCAGCUCCUCGAAGUGUACGGCUGCACGAAAAUGGCUGAACACAGCAAGUUCAUUGAUUAUGGGAACAGAAUGUUGUUAUGGCAUGGAUCUCGUCUUACUAACUGGGUCGGUAUUCUCAGUCGUGGACUACGUAUAGCACCACCGGAAGCCCCUGUCACUGGUGAUAUGUUUGGUAAAGGAAUAUAUUUUGCUGAUAUGUCCAGUAAGAGUGCCAAUUAUUGUUUUGCAACAAAGAAAAGAAAUAUUGGUCUGGCACUUCUUUGUGAGGUGUCACUUGGUGAAAUUCACGAGCUGUUAGAAGCCAACUAUUAUGCGGACAGACUACCUCCAGGCAAAAACAGUGUCAAGGGACUUGGUCGUGUGGCCCCUCACCCCAGCAGUUACCAAACACAGAAAGAUGGUAUGAUCAUACCAAAUGGUGCUGGUUCAGACACUGGUGUUGUUAAUCCGGCCGGUUACACCUUAAAUUACAAUGAAUAUGUUGUCUACGACACGAGGCAAGUGAAAAUGAAAUAUCUCGUCAAGAUUCAGUUCGACUUCAAAUAAUUCCACAGUAUUCCUAACAGACAAUAUCUGUCUCCUAUAUAUAUAUAUAUAUAUAUAUAUAUAUAUAUGCGUAUAUGUUGUUGACAUAUAACACCAGGACAGCUCCUGUUUGAGCAGAUAGACUUAUGAUGCAGUAUGUUCGGACUUUGAUCAUGUAUCCAAUACCUCAUCAUCCUAAGGUACACAUGUCCACUGACGUUCAUAAGAGGAUCAGGUAUGGUUGCUAUUUCUAGCGCAUCAAGCAACCACGUGUAUGCUAUGUAGAUACAUACAUACGUACAUAGUUAUUUUUUUUGUUGUAGGUCUCAUACUCACCACAAACAUGCCACACACUUCCUCAUGCCUUUAAUUAAAGACAAAAAUCUCAAUGUAA